CAUAAUCAUGCGAUUAGUACGAGCUGAAGCCUUUCCUCCCGGCAGCUCUGUCUUGGAAGCUCUUUGCUGCUGGCUCUCUCUCAUCCAUGACGGAAACCCCUGGAUUGCGUCUCCUGCUGGGGUUGUUCUUGACAACCCUAGGGUUCCCUUGGGCUACUUUGUCAUCCGAAGAUCACCGCUACAAUGUGGGAGAUGAUGUCCCUUUGUUUGUCAACAAAGUUGGUCCCUUGAAUAAUCCAAGUGAGACGUACCAAUAUUUUGACUGGCCAUUCUGCUGUCCAGAUCCAAUAGUUGAAAGGAAGGAAUCCCUUGGGGAAGUUCUUAAUGGUGAUCGCUUGAACAAUGCUUUAUAUGAAUUGAAAUUCCGGGAAGACAAAAUUCAGGUGCCCCUGUGCCAAAAGAAGCUUGGAAGAGUUGAAGCUGCAAAAUUCAGGGAUGCUGUUGCUAAUGAUUUUUACUUCCAGAUGUACUGUGAUGAUCUUCCAUUUUGGGGUUUCAUUGGGAAAGUUGAAGAUGAGAAAUGGAGCCUUAAUGAAAAGAGUUCCAAGUACUAUUUGUUUAAACAUGUUCGAUUUGAUGCUUUCUACAAUGGCAAUCAAAUCAUAGAAAUACGUGCUUUUAGUGAUCCAAAUUAUGUUGUGGAUAUAUCGGAAGACACUGAGAUAAAUGUUGAAUUUUCUUAUUCUGUUUUCUGGAAUGCAACCUCUACUCGGUUUGAGAACAGAAUGGAAAAAUAUUCAAAGGCCUCCUUACUGCCAGCACACCAGCAAAUUCAUUGGUUUGCUAUUGUUAACUCGGUUGUCAUCAUUCUGUUAUUGAUGGGACUUCUUAUAUUGCAUUUUAUGCGGCAUCUUAAGAGUGAUCUACAAAAGUGUUCUAGUGGAGAUGAACAAGAUAAGGAGGCUGGUUGGACAUAUAUUCAUGGUGAUGUAUUUAGAUAUCCUUCAUACACAUCCUUGUUUUGUGCGGUCAUGGGCACAGGUGUACAAUUGUUGACACUGGUUUUCUUCUUAUUCAUUCUGGCAUUUGUUGGCAUUCUCUAUCCCUAUAGUCAUGGAGCAUUGUGCACUUCUCUUGUCAUCAUUUAUAGUCUUACAUCAAUUGUUGCUGGCUACACAGCUUCUGCUUUCCACAAUCAAUUUGCUGAUACUGGAUGGGAAAGAAGUGUUCUUCUCUCUGGGAUUCUCUACCCAGGUCCUCUGUUCCUAAUAAUGUUGAUUCUAAAUACAGUAGCUAUGAUUUCUGGCUCCACGACUGCCCUUCCACUUGGUACUAUUGUAUUGAUUCUUACUUUGUAUAUAUUUGUAACCAUCCCAUUGCUUGCCUUGGGUGGAGUGAUUGGAUACCGUUUUCGAUCUGAAUGUCAAGCACCAUGUGCAACAAAGAGGUGCUCGAGGGAGAUUCCUUCACUAGCUUGGUACAGGAGAACCCCCAGUCAAAUGUUUAUUGCAGGUCUUGUACCUUUUAGUGCAAUUGUGCUUGAGUUGCACCACUUGUAUGCAAGCCUUUGGGGCUAUAAAAUCUGCACCGUCUCCAGCAUUCUGUUUGUCAUGUUCAUCAUCCUCAUAGUACUUACUGCACUCCUAAGUGUUGGUUUGACAUACAUUCAGCUCUCUAUGGAAGACCACAAAUGGUGGUGGAGUUCGGUGCUGCGGGGGGGUUCAACGGCCUUUUUUAUGUAUGCCUAUUGUGUAUGCUAUUAUGCAAAGUCAAAUAUGAGUGGUUUCAUGCAGCUCUCCUACUUCUUUGGCUGCAAUGCCUGCAUGUGCUAUGCCUUUUUUCUCAUGCUUGGUGUAAUCAGUUUUUGUGCUUCCUCAAUGUUUGUUUCCCACAUUUACCAUGUUGUUAAGAGUGAAUAGCAUCCUUGUGUGCCCUAGUGGCUCCAAUCCGAUCUAUCUCCAUGAUUUGGUUUCGCCUGCAUGUUCGUGCAUGACCACUCAUAACGGUAAUAGCGGCGGUACUCAAACCUGAGAAGUGGGGGCGUGGAGAUUGUAAUGCACUGAAAUUGUAUCGCUUAUGAAUCAAGAAUGACAGGCAAUUCUGUUAAAUAUUUGUAGUUACAAUUCCGCAGACAUGAAGUUAGUGAGCUGAAACCCUAAAUUGUAUUCUAAGGUGGGUUUCUGUUGUCGAAAAAUGUUAUUAAUAACAUUUUUCACAGCUAUGUGAUGGCAUGCUUGUGCAUACACACACAAACAUAGGUGCGGACUUGGAUUUGCAUAUAUGCUGAUUAUUGUUUUAAGAAAUACAUUGGCCGUUAUCCACUCAA